CUGCAUCAACCCAGUUCCAGCAGGUAGGAGUACAAAAGAAGAACAAACUUUCACAGGCCUAGAACACCGGCCGUACUUGCACAACAACGACAGAUUAAUUAAAGUUGGAUGGAUUACCGAGAGAAUUACAAAAGCACCGUGGCAGAACCCGAGGGAUCGACAAGGGAUGUUUUCACUCACUCACCUCCUAACCAGGAUUAAUUAACAAUGAAACUUAAUCAGUGCAUCAACUAGCACCAAAUGAUGGACGGCAUCAAGAGCCACCUUCCUUCCAUCUUCUCCUUGCUUAAACAAAUGCUCAUGUUCCUUCCUGAUCCACAACUCCAAGAACAAAGAAAAUGUCCGCUCAUCCAGUGUACUACUCAGACAAACACUCACCCAGACGGUGCAUCAAAAAUCAAAUCUCUAGCUCAUUUUAUUUAUAUAUUAAAAAGAAGGAUAUCCUGCAAAAAGCAUAGCUAUGCUAUAUCAUUCAUUCGGAUCCAGAUCUCCAGUGACAAAACCUUUGCGCUAUAAACAAACCUAACCCUGGCCGGGGUUUCCCUCCCACUCUACAACCCCGAGUGACCCUCCCAAUGCCAUCGCCAUAGCAGGCGCCACGCCCGGCCGAUCCUCCCAAUGUCUCCCCCUCCUCCUCGGCUAGGCCUCGCCGCCGUCGCGACGUGGCUGCUCCUCGUGGCGCUGUGCCUCCCGCCGCGCGCCCACGCCGUCAACGAGCAGGGCGAGGCGCUGCUGCGAUGGAAGCGCUCGCUCACGAACGGCACGGGCGGGGCCGCGCUGGAGACGUGGAGGGAGUCGGACGCGAGCCCGUGCCGGUGGUCCGGCGUGGCCUGCGACGCGCGCGGCAGCGUCGUGUCGCUGCUCGUCAAGUCGGUCGACCUCGGCGGGCCGGUGCCGGCGCGCGUGCUGCGCCCGCUGGCGCCGUCGCUCGAGACGCUGGUGCUCUCCGGGGCCAACCUCACGGGCGAAAUACCCGGGGAGCUCGGGGCGUACGCCGCGCUGACCACCGUCGACCUCAGCGGGAACGGCCUCUCCGGCGCGGUGCCGGCCGAGCUCUGCCGGCUCGGCAAGCUCCGGUCGCUGGCGCUCCACACCAACUCGCUGCAGGGCGCCAUCCCCGACGGCAUUGGCAACCUCACUGCACUGACGUCCCUCACGCUCUACGACAAUGAUCUUAGUGGUGCCAUCCCGGCGAGCAUCGGGAAGUUGAAGAAGCUGCAGGUGCUGCGCGCCGGUGGCAACCCGGCGUUGAAGGGCCCGUUGCCGGCGGAGAUCGGCGGGUGCACUGACCUCACCAUGCUCGGCCUCGCCGAGACCGGCAUGUCUGGAAACCUCCCGGACACCAUCGGGCAGCUCAAGAAGCUCCAGACCCUCGCCAUCUACACCGCCAUGCUCACCGGCCCGAUCCCGGCGAGCAUCGGCAACUGCACCGAGCUCACUAGCCUCUAUCUCUACCAGAAUUCUCUCUCCGGUCCGGUGCCGCCGCAGCUCGGCCAGCUGCGCAAGCUGCAGACGGUGCUCCUGUGGCAGAACCAGCUCGUCGGCACCAUACCCCCGGUGAUCGGCAACUGCAAGGAGCUCGUGCUCAUUGACCUCUCCCUCAACAUGCUCACGGGCCCCAUCCCGAGGAGCUUCGGUGGGCUGUCCAAGCUGCAGCAGCUGCAGCUCAGCACCAACAAGCUCACCGGCGUCAUCCCGCCGGAGCUCUCCAACUGCACGUCGCUCACCGACGUCGAGGUGGACAACAACGAGCUCUCGGGAGAGAUCGACAUCGACUUCCCGAGGCUGCGCAACCUGACGCUGUUCUACGCGUGGCAGAACCGGCUCACCGGCGGCGUACCGGCGAGCCUGGCUCAGUGCGAGGGCUUGCAGUCGCUGGACCUCUCCUACAAUAACCUCACCGGCCCCGUCCCGAGGGAGCUCUUCGCGCUCCAGAAUUUGACCAAGCUGCUGCUCCUCAGCAACGAGCUCUCCGGGUUCAUACCGCCGGAGAUCGGCAACUGCACCAAUCUCUACCGACUCCGGCUCAAUGGCAACUGGCUGUCGGGAGCCAUACCCGCGGAGAUCGGCAACCUAAAGAACCUCAAUUUCCUCGACCUAGGAAGCAACCGCCUCGUCGGCCCACUGCCGGCGGCCAUGUCGGGGUGCGACAACCUCGAGUUCAUCGACCUGCACUCCAAUUCCCUCUCCGGCCCACUGCCGGACGAGCUGCCGCGCAGUCUCCAGUUCGUCGACAUCUCCGACAACCGGCUCACCGGGCUGUUGGGACCCGGCAUCGGCAGGCUGCCUGAGCUGACGAAGCUUAGCCUCGGGAAGAACCGGAUCUCCGGCGGCAUCCCGCCGGAGCUCGGAUCUUGCGAGAAGCUGCAGUUGUUGGACCUCGGCGACAACGCUCUCUCCGGCGGAAUCCCGCCGGAGCUCAGCAUGCUGCCUUUCUUGGAGAUUUCGCUUAACCUCAGCUGCAACCGCCUCUCCGGGGAGAUACCGUCGCAAUUCGGCACCCUCGAUAAGCUCGGCUGCCUUGACCUGUCUUACAACCAGCUCUCCGGCAGUCUUGCGCCUCUAGCAAGGCUGGAGAACCUCGUCACGCUAAAUAUCUCGUACAACAGCUUCUCCGGCGAGCUCCCGGACACGCCCUUCUUUCAGAAGAUCCCGCUCAGCAACAUCGCCGGCAAUCACCUGCUUGUCGUCGGCGCUGGCGCCGACGAGAACUCCCGUCGCGCGGCCAUCUCGGCUUUGAAGCUCGCCAUGACGAUUCUCGUCGCGGUGAGUGCGUUCCUCCUCGUGACCGCCACGUACGUGCUCGCACGCUCGCGCCGCCGGAACGGCGGUGCCAUGCACGGCAACGCCGCGGAGGCGUGGGAGGUGACCCUGUACCAGAAGCUCGAGUUCUCGGUGGACGACGUGGUGCGCGGCCUUUCGUCGGCGAACGUGAUCGGCACGGGAAGCUCGGGCGUGGUGUACCGGGUGGAGCUGCCCAACGGCGAGCCGCUCGCCGUGAAGAAGAUGUGGUCCUCCGACGAGGCCGGCGCGUUCCGCAACGAGAUCUCGGCGCUGGGGUCCAUCCGGCACCGCAACAUCGUGAGGCUGCUCGGGUGGGGCGCGAACCGGAGCACCAAGCUGCUGUUCUACACGUACCUCCCGAACGGCAGCCUGAGCGGCUUCCUCCACCGCGGCAGCGUCAAGGGCGCCGCCGACUGGGGCGCCCGGUACGAGGUGGCGCUCGGCGUCGCGCACGCCGUGGCUUACCUCCACCACGACUGCCUGCCGGCCAUCCUGCACGGCGACAUCAAGGCCAUGAACGUCCUGCUCGGCCCGGGCAACGAGCCGUACCUCGCCGACUUCGGCCUGGCCCGCGUCCUCUCCGGCGUGGUCGAGCCCGGCAGCUCCGCCAAGCUCGACACGUCCAGGCCACGCAUCGCCGGAUCAUACGGAUACAUCGCGCCAGAGUACGCGUCCAUGCAGAGGAUCACGGAGAAGAGCGACGUGUACAGCUUCGGAGUUGUGGUGCUGGAGAUCCUGACGGGGCGGCACCCGCUGGACCCGACGCUGCCCGGCGGGACGCACCUGGUGCAGUGGGUGCGGGAGCACAUGCAGGCGAAGCGGGGGGUGGCGGAGCUGCUGGACCCGCGGCUGCGCGGGAAGCAGGAGGCGCAGGUGCAGGAGAUGCUGCAGGUCUUCGCGGUGGCCAUGCUCUGCAUCAGCCACCGCGCCGACGACCGGCCGGCGAUGAAGGACGUCGUCGCGCUGCUCAAGGAGGUCAGGCGGCCGCCCGAGAGCGCCGCCGACGAGGGGAAGGAGCAGCCGCGCGGUGGCCCGCCGCCUUGUCCGGAGCGGUCGCCGGCUCGGAGCGCGCUGCCGAUGGGCGGCUCUUCAAACUGCUCGUUUGCCAUGUCUGAUUACUCGAGCUGAGCUGCUUGGAUGCAGUUGCGAGAUAGCAGCAGCCUUAGCGGGAACCAUGUGUAGAAUUUUGGACGCAUAAGCAAGAUCAGUAAAUUUGUAGGCAAUUAUUUCCUGAGAAUUUGUAGGCAUUGAGAAUUACUUAAGAUUGUAUAUUAUGAUUAUUCAAAUGUACUGUAUUGUUCUUGUGUAAACUAACGGAAAUAAAUUAACAAACAUGGGUGAGCAA